AUGUGUGUCGAUCCUAGCAAAAACUGCAACUGUGACGCGAUCGUUCCCGUUGACUUAGUCGACGAAGGUGAGAUAACUGCGAAGGAAAGUUUGCCCAUUACACGUUUGAAUUUUGGAAGAACGACCCCUGCAGCGUCGAGUGGGAUUCACACUUUAGGAAAAUUGAAAUGCUCCGGCCAGAAGUUGGUCGACGGAAUGCCAACCUCUUGCGUGGAAUUGUGGCAGGUCGGUCAUGUCCUUAACGGCUUAUACUUGAUCAAGGGCGCGUCUCAAGUAGAAACGGUUUACUGUGAUUUUACCAAAGCUUCAACCGACGCAGGAUUUGAAACGUGGAUUGGUUUCGCUGAUGUUAAAUCAUCAUCUGUCUAUUUUUAUGUACAGAAGAAUACGGUUUUCUCAACUAUUAACUCUGUCAUUCCAUUCGAAAUCACAAGAACUAAUGUGGGGAAUGCCAUGAACCCUUCGACUGGAAUAUUCACAGCACCUAGACCGGGGAAAUAUUUUUCGGUUAUUCUGGUAUUGCUAAUAACAUUGAAGGGUCCCAUGCUGCACGCGUUGAUUUACUGUUGA